UCUUAGUGCUAGACAUCCAUAACCUCAAAAACUUCUUCCUCUUUGUUAGAGCUUCCUAAAAGGUUAUAAAACCUCUCCUCUUCCAUUUCCUCUUCUUUCUUUCUUUCUUUUUUUCCCUUUUGCCUUCUCCUAAAACCCUACUCCAUAAUCUCCCUCAUCUAGAAAGAAACAACCCCUUGCUAGAUGCCUUUUUCAUUUAUCUUAUUUGGCUUUAGUUCCAGUGAGAAUAUGAUUACUUUAUGAGAGCUUUUUCUGAAAAAUAAACAUCUCUUCACUCACUUCAUGGCUUGCUUUCUUGCAGAAGAGAUAUCUUGAUCAUUCGUGUCCAUGAGAAGAUUCUCUAUUUUUCCUCAGAGCUUAGCCAUCAUUAUUAUUUGGUAGACUAGUAGUUUUUCAAUUUUUAUUUUUCUUCAUCUUCGUGCCAUACACAGGAGCAAUUAAUCAAGUAGCCGCCUGGUGGUAAUGGAUUCUGGGAAUAGUGGAAGUAUGCAAUCUUCAAGCGGCGGUGAUGAAGAGUAUGAGUCACGUAGUGAAUCGAUCUCUUCCUUCUUGAAUCCAUCAGCCCAUUUUGGUUCAAUUUCAGACCAUCCACAGGCUUCUGUUCCACAACUUCUUCCUCACCAACCCACUAGUACUUUGUUCAAUCCUCAUUCACAGAAUAGUCUUGAUGCUUUUCCACAAUCGUUACUAGCCAAUAACCCAAGUGGUGGAAAUACAAAUACUACUUCUACUCAAUAUGGUAGUAAUCAUGACCUCGUCUGGCCCAGAGGAUUGAGAUCUGAAGCCAAUUAUGCAAACUUUGGAAAUGUAACAGCUUCAUCAUCAGCUCAAUCAGUUCUAGCCGGUGGUGUUCAAGGCCUCAAUAGUCAAUCUCCAUCUAUGCUGCCAUCCCUGGGUAUUGAGGCAACAAAGAACGAUGCUAAGGCUUCCCUCCUCCAAUCUGCUGAUCAACAACAACCAGCAAACGUAGUCAAAAAUCCUAAGAAACGUACCAGGGCAUCAAGGAGGGCCCCGACCACCGUUCUCACCACCGAUACGACCAACUUUCGACAAAUGGUGCAAGAAUUUACGGGCAUCCCAACAGCUCCAUUUUCAGCUGCUGCCUCACCAUUUUCAAGAAGGCUUGAUCUUUUCUCAACUGUUGCCACAUCAAACCUGAGGGCAGCUGGUCAUUUGGCCGAUUCACUAGGCUCCCUUUAUCCUCUAAGGCCUUCGGCACAAAAGAUGGUUCAGCUUUCCCCAUUUGGGACUUCAUCAAACACCAUGAUUGAUGCUCUAGUUUCAUCAACUACAACAAAUGCUGCAGGCAACAUUCCUAAUAUUCCCUCGGCUGGUGGGGGUAAUAGCAGCAAUACUGUUUUGCCUCCUGAUCAUCUUGGCCUUCCAAAACAGCCUCAGAAUUUACUGAACAUGCAAAAUCAGAUGCUUUCAAUUCAACCCCUUCUGCUUAACAAGCAUCAGCCAUCUGCCACCCUUGCCACGAAAAAUCAAGGGAAUACAAGUCACGUUCCUUCCUUCGAUGAACUGGGAUUAGGCCAUCAUCCUGAUCACCAUCAGAAUGUGAAUGCAAACCUCAGUGGAUGGAAAGAUGGAGGAGGGACAUUGAAUGCUAGUCAAGAAAACUUGGGAGGGUCAAGUCAGCAUAUCAGUAAUUACAAGUUUAACUGUUCGGCUUCAACAUCAGAGUUUCAGCAUGAUAAGGGUUUGGAGAAUGUUACCUCAGCGGGUGAAGGUACAGUGGGAUCAUGGAUUUGCCCUUCUGAUUAAUUAAUUAAUUAGUCCUUUGUGUAGUGUACACAAAUUUUAAAUUAAUUAGGAUUAUAUAAUAUACCUUGAGGAAGUGUUAGGCCAGAAAUUAUAUGCUAUAUGCUGACGAUCAUACAUGUGUAUGUAUUUCUUAAUAAUUUUGAUCAGUUAUCACC